GAAUUGCGAUUGAAAAUGGAUAUGUUACGUUGAUCACAAAGUCAGAUUAUGGUGGGAAUGGAAGCAGAAAAGCUUAUGUCAUGUUGGGGUGCGAGAAGCAUGGUAAAUAUGUUCCUUAUAGAGACCCUGACCUUGUUGAAGGGACGAGAUCACAAAAGAUAGGUUGUCCUUUUAGACUAAAAGGACGACCUAGGAAAAAUGGCAUAGAUAGAGAUUGGCGGCUAAAGGUGAUGGAAGGUAUACACAACCAUGAACCAGCUAGGUCACUACUUGGGCACAAUUUUGUUGGUCGUCUAAAACCCGGAGAGAAGGAGCAAGUGGAAAAAAUGACAAGGAGUUGGGUUCCACCGAGAAAGAUGUUGUUGACUUUGAAGGAAAACAAUCCUUCAAACUUGACUACCAUAUCUCAGAUUUAUGGUGUUUGCAAGAGGUUAAGAAAAUCCCUCCGCGGGGGAUUGACAGAAAUGCAACACUUGUUGAAGAAGUUGGACGGUGACAAGUAUGUCCACUUUGAAAGACAUGAGCCUGGAUCGGAAGUCAUUAGAGAUGUAUUUUGGGCUCAUCCAAAUGCUAUCAAACUGUUCAACACAUUCCCGUAUGUAGUGAUUAUGGAUUGCACAUACAAGACAAACAAAUAUGCAAUUCCCUUGCUUGAGAUUGUUGGACUGACUUCCACAGAUAAGACAUACUCCAUAGCCUUUUGCUACAUUGUUAAUGAGGGCACAGAUGACUACGUUUGGGCACUGGAGUGUAUGAAGUCUCUAUUAGCUGAUCAAGCCAUGUUGCCUAAGGUGAUUGUUACUGACAGGGAUCUUGCCUUAUUGAGUGCUGCUAAGCAAAGCCUUCCUAACACUACACAUUUAUUAUGCUUGUGACACAUCAACAAGUGUGUUUUGGCAAAGUGCAAACUCUAUGUUGGCACAGAUGAUUUUGCUGAGUUGGUUAUGAUGAAGUGGGCAGAGGUGGUGGAUGCUGCAACAGUUGAAGAAUUUGAAGUGAAAUGGAUGCAAUUGUUUAAUAUGUGCAAGGCAAAAUACAGCAACUUUACCUCCUAUUGUUCUACUACAUGGUUGGUUCACAAGGAGAAAUUCGCCAAGGCAUGGACAAAUCAUGUGAUGCACUUUGGAACAACAACAAGUAACAGGGCUGAGGGUGCACAUGCCAGUUUGAAGAAGAUGUUACGGGAUUGCAAGGGUGACCUGGCCACUUCAUGGGAUGCGUCGCAUAGUUUGACAUGUAAUCGACAUACUGAAAUAUUAGCAUCGUUUGAGCGCAGUAUUCACAGAAUUGAUCACAUUUUCAUGUUCCCAUUUUACACAAAUAUUAGAGGAUUUGUGUCAAACAAAUGCCUGCAGCUCAUCGACGUUGAACAUAUAAGAAUGAAGUCCUACGGCGGAUGCGAUUGCUUGUUGAGAGAGACUCAUGGACUACCUUGCGGUUGUGAAC